AUGAGUGCCACAGAUACYCCUGUCGAUGACGAUGAUGAUGAUAAUUACAUACAGGGCUUAUUGCUUACAAUUUUAGCAGCGUCGUCAUCUCGGCCAUCAGCGACCGGAGGCGAAGACGACGACGACAGCAAAAACGUUGGGUGGCAAAACGUGCCGGGCGGAAGUCACGUGCGGACACUGGACGAGACGAAUUUUCAGGAGACCAUCAAAGGAAAUUGUUGCGUGUUGGUGUUUUUCCACGCUCAAUGGUGCAAAUAUUGUGGACCGAUUAAACCGGUGUUCGCUGACGUCACGGCAUCGUUGCAGGGCAGCCAUUGCAUCGUGGCYGCUGCCGUGGACUGUACGGACGACCUCGAGUUGGCGAUACAGUGCAAUGUCCACGUGCUGCCCACGAUGAUGUUCUUCUGGAACGGUGAACUAAGAGAAACGGUGCAGUACCAAGGCGACUGGUCGGCAGAAGAUAUGCGGCUGUUCGCGGUCAACACGUCCGCCGCUGUGCACAAGCCCAAAAAAGUAUGUAAAAUCGGUGGAGUGGCAGACAAGAAGUACAGGGGGCAAGGGAAAACGCGAAAAAAUUUAAAAUUUAGAAAAAAAAAAAUCAAAAAAAAAAAAAGUGUCCUGAAACAAUAA